AUGACUCAUAUCGUUUCUGAUGUUCGAAGGGUUCCAGUUGGUCCUAUAGAGCUGGAAGAUGCCAUCUGUCCCACAAAUUUAUACACGUGUGAGAAACCUUAUACUGCCACCAUACUUUCUAUUAGGAAGAUUUAUUCAUGUCUUCAAUGUGAUGAUACGAUUUACGAAAUCGUAUUUGCUCAUUGUGGCAAGCUGUCUUACUGGGAGGGACAAGCCUUCGGUGUUAUGCGCCCCAAUCCCGAUGAUCCCUCUGUACCAGGGUGUGUCAAAGAGCUUAGGAAUAUCUUUGUUGCUUCCUCUAGGUAUGGAGAUGACUUUAAUGGCAAAACAGCUACCAUAGUCGUGCCUCUUGACAUAAUUGACAAGACCUUGAAGUAUUUAUGCCUGGAAGCAAGUCCUGGAGACCAUCUUCAACUUGUUGGUCCCACCUUCGAGGCCACACUUUUGGGAGAUUAUAGUCCUACUGCCACUCACAUAUUUGUGGCUAAAUCUGGGGCUGCCAUUGCUCCCUUCAGAGCCCAUCUUCGUCGUUUUUUUAAAGAAGAUAUUUCUUCGUUCAAAUUUUCUGGCAAUGUGUUGCUGUUCUAUGGGGCCAAGAACGAUCCCAAUUGUCGACAAUAUUACGACGAAUUCAAGCAAUACAAGGAGGAUUACCCACGCAAUUUCGCCUACAAAUACUUCAACGACCUUUUGGAUGGAAAAGCUGAUUUUACAUAUGUGUUUCAAAAGGUUGUCCAUGAUGGAGCUUAUAUAUAUCUGGUUGGGCCUCAGGGCAUGGUGGAUGAGGUUGAUUCCGUCUUCAGAGGUUUUGUCGAUUCUCCAGAAGAUCAGGAUAAGUGGACCGGAAUAAAAGAUGAACUAGUAAGGAAGAACCAGUGGCGCGCACAUGUAUAUUAUUAUUGA